CCCCGAACGCCCAAUCGGCUGAGUUCUGAAAGGGGGGAACCGAAGGCCAGGAGGGGCCUUUAAAAGUGGCAGCGGGAGGAGAGUGCCUCUGGGAAUGGGCAAAGUGCAUUUCUCCGUAGACAGCAAGCUCAGCUGAUCAGUAGCGCGCUGGCGCCAUGGCUUCUGGAGGGGAAGACCUGGAUGACUGGGCGGGCACCAGUCUGGUCGACCUGACCUCACCUGAACUGGCAGCCACCCAGACCUCCAUGAUUGACAGUGGGGAAGAUUUUGAAGUCCUGGAUAAUACAGAAGACGGGGAUUUAAGUGGUCUCCCCCCACUGGAGGAUGUCCCAACCAGCCAGGCCAAAGAAGAUGACCAAGAAACGGAAGUGGAGCAUCCUGCUCGGGAAGAGUCAGAGGCAACACAAGAAUGGCUUGAUGUUUUAGGGAGCGGCUUACUGAAGAAGAAAGUAAUCAUAUCAGGCCAAGGUCAGGAGAGCCGGCCAGUCAAGGGCCAGGAUGUGACCAUACGGCUUAAAGUGAUGCUGGAGGAUGGGACGGUAGUGGAGGAGGACCCAAGUCUCACUUUCACACUGGGGGAUUGUGAUGUCAUCCAGGCCCUGGACCUCUGUGUACAGCUGAUGGACAUGGGGGAGACGGCACUCAUCACUUCAGACGGGAAAUAUUGCUUCGGCCCGCAGGGGAGGAGUCCUGACAUCCCGCCUGAUGCCUCCUUAACUCUUGAGGUGGAGUUGCUGGCUGCCCAGGAUGCUCCUGAUUUGGAAUGCCUUAGCGGGAAAGAGAAAAUCUCCCUGGCUAACCGGAAGAGGGAGCGUGGCAAUUUCCACUACCAGCGAGCAGAUUACGUUCUGGCUGUCAAUUCCUAUGACCUUGCUCUCAAGAUCAUCAACUCUAAUUCUAAAGUAGAUUUCAGUGAGGAAGAAGAGGAAGAGCUGGUGGAAGUGAAGAUGAAAUGCUUGAAUAAUUUAGCAGCUUCCCAGCUUAAACUGGACCAUUACGAAGCUGCCUUGCGAUCCUGCAAUCAAGUGCUGGAGCAGCAGCCAGAUAACAUCAAGGCUCUGUUCCGGAAGGGGAAGGUUCUGGCUCAGCAAGGGGAAUAUAGUGGGGCCAUUCCAAUCUUGAAGGCUGCUCUGAAGCUAGAACCGUCUAAUAAGACCAUUCACACAGAACUCUCAAAGCUGGCGAAGAAGCACGCUGACCAAAAGAGCAUUGAGACAGAGAUGUACCGCAAGAUGCUGGGAAACACCGGGUCUAGCACCCCCCCAGCAAAGUGCAAAGAUAAGUCCUCCCGGACCAUCCCUUGGAAGUGGCUGUUUGGCGCCACUGCUGUAGCGCUGGGGGGCGUAGCCCUGUCGGUCGUCAUAGCAGCCAGAAACUAAGGCCAGCCUGCAGGUGAUGACUUUUGAGGAAUCAGGCUUGGAGACUGUCCCUUCCUCCCUCCCAGCUCCCGCCCCUCUUCCUCCACC